AAAAAGAAUAACAUUAUACUUCCGGUUUAAGAAGUAAUCAAGCCGAGAUGAAAUAAAACUAAAUCAGAGAUUAAACUUUAUAUCAAAGUGUUUAAUUUAAAGUUAAGAACAUUCAUAUAUGUCACACGGACUUUUGAGAUAAAAAAUGGAGGGUGUCACAGGACAGCAACAAGCUCAUAAAAAUAUGCAUGCAGGCAUUGACUUUGAACAUUUGCAAGGUCAAAGUCAAGGUCAAUCUUAUGCACGGAUAAACCCACCAAAAGACGUUGCUAGAGAAGCAGAAGAAAUCAUGGAUUUCCUUAAAACCAUUAGAGUUCAACACAGAGGAUUGCGCGAUAGUGCCGAGUCAUUUAGUCAACAUGAAGCUGCUCAGAUUUUGUCGUCAUGCAACGAUAAGUUGUUGGCUUUCUGUUUGGCAAACAAGAGGAAAUUUAUGCCUGAAGCAGGACAGAGGACGUUGAAAUUAGAGAAAGAGAGAGAAGAAGAUCAGAAACUUAUACAGCAUUUAGAAGCCAAAGUAGCAAAACUAGACAGGGAAUUAAAAGAGGCGCUGAAAACAAAGGAAAGUGCUUUGAAUAGGCUCAGUGAAGUCCAGUCUCGUCUGCUGAAACAAGGAAAUCCGGAAAUAGCUGACCUGAGUGAUGAGAACCGACCAACAAAUCUAGGUCAGAGGUUCAAGCAGUUAUACGAGGACGAGUGGACCGAUGCAUUUGAAUUUUUGACAGAAAAAAUGGCAACAGACUUUCGUGUUGAUGAUCGCAAAGCCAUUAGUAUUCUAUAUGAAAUGUUAAAGCGUUGCAAGGAACUUUGUGCAAAAGAACAAGCAGCGCAACAUUUAGAACUGGCAAAACUUGUGACAGACCAAUGCUUCUUUAAGAAGGGAGUCGUUGCUGGUGAACUUAACCCUAAACCUCAGUCUGCACCACCAAGACAGGGCGGGAACGACGAAAAGUUGAAAAUAAUGGUACAGUCUGUACAUAGGCAGGGCGCUGAGCCGCUAAAACCUCAAUUUUCGAAAACAUUGCCGAGUAGGCCUGGGAGCAAUGACGGUCAGCUCAAAGGUGCCAGCCAAGGCGGUAAAGCUGUAAAUAAAAACGCUCAACCAGGAACUAAAAGGUCAAGCCCAAGCCAGAUGUCAGAUGUAUAUGAUGCUGGUCAAAUGCCUGAGAUGUCACGGACAUCUACAGUUGCUGAUGUUCAUAAAAUACCAGAACAAUACAAUACACUGUUCAAGGACUUUUUCAAAGGUAUUGCAGACGAAACACUCAAGUAUUUACCCAUGACGGAGCUGGUAGUUGAAAUAAACACGGACGGCCUCUUUCAACAUGAUAUUCUACAAAAUCCUGAGAUAAGAACAUAUCUACAGAAGUGUUUCAACAUAUGUUGGCUCAUGUUGGCGCAACACCCACCAAUGCUGAUGGACUUUGAAACCAGGUCUGGGCAUACUUUGGAUAUAAACGUGUUUGAGCCCUACAGCUCAAGGGGACCGAUAAUUUCUCAGGUUGUCUGGCCCCCGGUGUACUUACACAAAGGUGGGCCGCUUGUUUGCAAAGGAUAUGCUGAAGGUUCGAAGAAGCAAUGACAUGUUUCAAAGAGAUUCAAAAAAUAAAAAUAACGUUGUACAUAGAAAAAGGUUGUUAUAUUUGUGUAAGUUACAUUAAACAUGGUUUGAACUUUAUUGCCAUAUACUGUGAAGAUUAACUACUGGGUAUGUCUCAUCGACAGUAAUAUGAACAUCCUAUUAACGCUUUGACACGUUCAACAAAUUUUCGCAAAGUUGAAAGUGAUAAUUAAAAUCAGCAUACGUUUUAUCUAAAUCGGCUGAAGGGCGAAGUAUAUAUACCCUUAUCGUAUAUAGUGUACAAGUAAACACAAUGUGAUCUGAGUUUUAGUCAGAUUGAUAACUAACAUUAUUUGUAAUGAAUUAAAUUAAAUGUAACCUUGUAAUGAAUUAUAUGUAAAUUUGUAAUGAAUUAAAUAUAAACAGUAAUUCUAAUCAUGAUCUUUUAUAGAAAGUCACUGCUCUGCUUUGUUUUUUGUCCUUUGUUGUUUUUGAUGGUUUCAUUUUGUUUUGGUCGUCAGAGCAAACAAAUAAUGGUGGUGAAAUUUCAGACCCUGAUAUGCUUAUUUGCAAAAUCCGCAAUUGGUCCGUAAAGAUUUAAGAAAUAACAUCGGCCUGAGAGGUUUUUAUCGGCUAUUUAACACCGGUUUAGAGUUUUGAUGCGCAGGAAUUGACCACGAAGGCCGUAGGCCUGAGUUGUUAAUUUUGUCGCAUCAAAACGACAAAACCGGUGUUAAAUAGCCGAUAUACACCUCUCCUGUCGAUGUUAUUUCGAUUCUAACACGGUAAAGUAAGGAAAAUCACUAAUGUUAUUUUUCAAGCGGAAAUACCUGCCGGUGCCGAUUUUCAUAUAAUGCUGUUCGAUUUUCUCACCCUACUGUUGCGAAGAUAUAGAAAUUAUUAAACAAAAGAAAUAAUAAGAAAAAAAAACGUUAUUGUAUCAAGUUUUCAACAAUAAAAACUUACGUCGUAUUGUGUUUACAUCAGUGCCCUAUUUAUCAUUCUUGUAUGUAUGAAAUAACGUCUGCUUGUUUAUGAAUGAGUUGUUUACGUACGAUGAUGACGUCAUUACGCUGCUUACGGAUUGGCGCCGUUUUGUCAAAAUAUUUAUUAACUGAUAUGGAUCUAAUAUGUGGCUAUUGUAUGUGAGAUAUUAUUUCGGUAUUGUAUGAAAAGAAAACACUAUACGAACUGAAAAUAUAAAAAAAAAUGCUUUUUAUUGUUGCUUUAAAAUGCUUUGUAAACUAUACAAUAUAGGGUGAAAACAUAACAACGCAUAUACAAGUAGUCCCUAACCGGUGUUUAUUGGCAGUUUAACACCAGUUUUUUUCCUUCUUUGUCUAUAGUGGCAAAAUCACGUGAGUGUUAGAAUGUCAAAUAACAGGCGCUUUAAUUUCCAACCGUCUCAUGAAAGAAAAAAUAGUUCCCGAUUGGUCGAAGAUUUCUAAUAUUUUGUAAUUUUUUAACAUUUCCGCAAAUUACCGGUAAUAUAUUCAAAUAAUUUUGUUACGCGGAUGAAUAUCAUUUUACUCGGCUAUUUCCUUAAAUGUUCGGAUUAUUGUGAUCGCCUAAAUGAACAUUUGUUAUUUAGACUUUCUGAAAAAUAAAGUAUGGAUGUUGACUCUAGGACAGAGAAAAAUUUAGGCAGUCGACGAUCGAUAAUCGAUUUCUACCAUAAGUACAACGGUCUUAAAAGUAAAGCGCCCGAUAAAUUAGUCAAAGCAAACAAAGCGCUAUUUUAGCCUCACUUCAGCGUAUUAUACACAAAGUGUAGUGAAACAUUAUAUAACGUUACAUGUGGGUAGAUUUUUGCUUAAUUAUUUCACAGAUAUACAUGCUUAUAUUAUGUUCCAUGAUUAUUUACGUCAGUGUCAAACAACAGGUUUACCGUGAACAAAAUAUCUCGAAAUUAAUAACAAACACUAAUUUAGAAUAAUGUGGUUUGCCUCAUGCUGUUAUCUUAUAACUUCCCCGUGGUCCAUGGGUUACACGCUCGUUUAGAAAGCGAGGUCUGGGGUUCAAAUCCCAGUUAAGGCAACUCGUGUAUUCUUUUAAUUGUUUCAGCCAAAUAAACAUUGAAUUUCAAGAAUAUCAGUGUUGUAAUUAGCCUUUCAGCCAAUUUACUACAGUGAUAACACUGGAAACAGCAUUGUUGUCACUAUACAAAAACAAAUUGGUUUAUAAUCUCAUAACCUUCACCUUUCUGACAUUCUAAGACCCAAACAAAUUCAGCGCCUUAUGUGCUUUGAUUUUUAGUGUUUGUUUUUUUUCUUAUCUUGAUCUCUGUACUAAAGUUUAUUUGUUUUAAGUUUCAUAUAAACUUAAUAUCGUUA